CACAGAAGAUCGCGCACUAUAUAUACACCGUGCUUUCGUCAAUUUCCACACUUUCAACAAUGUUACUCUUCAAGCACUCGGUUAUCCUCUGCCUCCUGGGUGUGGUGCACUGCAACGGCCCGAUUAGUNUCCAUCGGGAUGCCCCGUCGACCAGCGGAGAGAUGGCCGUGGCCGGACGGUACUUAGAGGUCGAGGAUAUCGAGAGAUUCGGAGAAAUGGCCAACAAGGCGGCGAAAGUCAUCGAGAAGCUGACCGGCAUGCUCCACCUGAUUGCCGACCCCUCCGAUGUCCCUGACCUACGGAAAGGUCGUCUGGGAGAUAAAAUUCGAGCCUCUGUAGAAACUGGAAAAGCUUUCGUGAGACUGAUCGAGAGUAUCAAUAAGGCCCUCGAGCCUUAUGUUGAAGAAGACAGAAGGUAGACGGAGUGGUCAGUUCAUUAGUGUCGCGCCAGAUGGCUCCUGUGAGACCGAUGACGUCUACUUUGCUUCAUAGACCACUCUGUCAGUCUAUCUGACCAUGUAAUAAAGCAGGAUACUACAGAUCGUGGUUUUACUUUAACUUGGAGACUAAAUAAACAAAUAAGGCUAAAGCUGAAAUAAUGUAUAUUAACAUGUCUUGAUCUAUGAGUAAUGGGAGAGCCUAUGUGAGAUUAGCCGUGAGAAUAAAUACACUGUUGGAGCCUAGUGUUCAAAACCGAUUAGUGCCUCAUCAAAAAGCUCACGAUGUUCACUUUCUUGAUUCUUAUGCCACCCUAAAAAGCAGCUUCUUCCGGGAGUAAGACAGACGGAUAUAGAUUGUGAAUGUAUGUUGACUUGGAGAGUGUAGGAAUAAAUUAAAUAAAACAAAGGCUAAAAUAUAAGUCGGAUCAAAGAUUA